AUGGGCCUCGCUGCAGCCUUCAGAUUGCUUCCAGAGCUACGUCUCAUCAUUGGGGCUGGCCUCUGGCCCACCAUUCUAGCAGUCUGGCAUUCUCCUUCGCUGCUCUUCCGACCACAUGAACUCUCCCGCCUUUUCAUGUUCCAUGUGUGGAAGCUCUUUGGUAAUGGUGUCGAUGAGAAUGCAAGGGAUGUCAAAAAGGCACUCAUCACCCCACACACAUAUGGUGUUGUACUCGACAUUGGUGCAGGUCACGGCCAUACAAUCAAGUACCUCGAGCAUUCGCACGUUACAAAAUACAUCGCUGUAGAGCCUAAUGUGCAUAUGCAUGCUGAGCUGCACCACACCGCCUCUGCCACUGGGUACAGCCAAGAUGAUGGAACACUCCUCAUUCUCCCCUGCGGCACUGAAGACAUCACUACUAUCAUUUCCUCAUUUCCUGUGACACACCCGCCUGUCAACACACUCAUCUCUGUCCUCACUAUCUGCUCCAUCCCUUCGCCACAAUCCACCAUAUCCACAUUGAUCUCGGAGGUGCUGAAACCUGGGGGACAAGUGUUGUACUACAAACACGUUCUUAGUGAUAAGAAUGAUGUUGUGUGGUGGCAGCGUUUCUGGACGCCAGUAUGGAGUACUGUUUUUGGUGGAUGCCAUCUGGACUGCCCGGCUCAUCAGUGGAUUGAGGAUGUUGGGGGAUGGGUGCAAGGAGAAGGUGGCAUGUGGAAGAAGGAAGGGGAGACUGAAGAGGGUCUGUUUUGCCAUCGAGGCGGGAGAUUGAUUAAGGUGGCAUAG